GUUGUUUCUAAUCGGUCGUAUUUUUGUGUAGCACCACAGUCAGCCACCAUGGAGGCUGUAUCGCUGCGUGUUUUAGAGUAUCUGACAGAGGUAGAGGAGGCAGCAGAGGAUGUUCUCACCACCAAACAGCAGAUCGUGGACCUGGACUCAAAGAGGAACAGGAACAGAGAGGCUUUGAACGCCCUGAAAAAUGAGAUGUCAGAGACAGAGAAAGUGAAAGUCUGCUUUGGAAACAUUUUCAUCAAAUUUCCCAAUCUGAAGACGAGAGAGAUGAUUCAAAGAGACCAAGAGCAGCUGGACAAGGAGAUCAACGACCUUCGCAAAGGACUGAAAGCUAAAGUCAAUCAUCUCAAUGAGAUCCAAGGUAAACCUGAGCUGCGAGGCUACAAUCUGUCUCCUCUGUCUGCUGAUGAACUCAAAGCUGUGAACAGCCUCAUAAAGAGAUGACGUCACCUCUCCAUUCCGCUGAGGACAUACGGACGAGGACGCCAUGUUGACAAGAAGCCAAAGAACUCAGCUGCAGCUCUCAUUUGUGCCGGUGGUUCUGUCAUACGGGCACUUUAGGAUGAUCUUCUGACACUGUGCACCAUGUGGAUAAUCUAUAAGUUAUGAUUUACUUCUUCAUAACACAAUAACAAAAGAACUCCCCUUUGAAUUCUUGUAUCUACAAAAUGCUAAUUAAAAUGUGUUUUUUGUAAUUCUCA